AGCUGAACUCCCAAUUCCAAAAUCGUCUUUUGAUUCCGCGUUCUUGCUUCGUCGUCUUCUACUUCUUUUCAAAAUACCCCAUUUCAUACUGAAUGAUCUACUCCUCAGGCCAAAAAAAAAAAAAAAUUUAUUGAAUGAUCUGCUCCUGAGAUCUAGGUGAGCCGCUUCCUUCUUUGCCUCUCUUAAACCCUCCUUCCCCUUCUCGCUUCAAAACCCUAAAGUCUCAUCGGAGUUGGGGUUAGGGUUGCUUCUUCCAUCGACAAAAAUGGCCAUCUCCGAUGGGGUUGUUAAGAAAGUCAUCCUCUCCUACACCUACGUGGCAAUAUGGAUCUUCCUCAGCUUCACCGUCAUCGUCUACAACAAGUACAUCCUGGACCGCAAGAUGUACAAUUGGCCCUUCCCGAUCUCUCUCACCAUGAUCCACAUGGCCUUCUGCUCCUCCAUCGCUUAUCUCCUUGUUCGUGUGUUGAAGCUGGUCGAGCCCGUCUCAAUGUCCCGCGAACUCUACCUCAAGUCCGUCGUGCCCAUCGGUGCACUCUACUCCCUUUCCCUCUGGUUCUCGAAUUCUGCAUAUAUAUACCUCUCUGUUUCCUUUAUUCAAAUGCUCAAAGCUCUUAUGCCCGUCGCUGUUUAUUCCAUUGGGGUUUUGUUCAAGAAGGACGGUUUCAAGAGUGAAACCAUGGUUAACAUGAUCUCGAUUUCUGUUGGGGUUGCGAUUGCCGCGUAUGGUGAAGCUAAAUUCAAUUCCUGGGGUGUUACUUUGCAGCUUAUGGCGGUUGCAUUUGAAGCCACCAGGUUGGUUUUGAUCCAGAUUUUGCUGAAUUCCAAGGGUAUUUCACUUAACCCCAUCACCUCACUUUACUAUGUCGCCCCUUGUUGUUUGGUGUUUUUGUCCAUCCCCUGGGUCAUCGUAGAGUACCCGACUUUGAGGGAUCACUCAAGUUUUCAUCUGGACCUUAAAAUUUUCGGGACAAAUUCCUUUUGCGCUUUUGCUUUGAAUCUUGCGGUGUUUUUGCUUGUUGGGAAGACUUCGGCUUUGACCAUGAAUGUUGCUGGGGUGGUGAAGGAUUGGUUGUUGAUUGCAUUCUCCUGGUCUGUGAUAAAGGACACAGUCACACCCGUCAAUUUACUUGGGUAUGGACUUGCGUUUUUGGGGGUCGCGUACUAUAAUCAUUCCAAGCUGCAGGCCCUCAAGGCCUCGGAGGCACAGAAGAAGGCUCAGCAAGCUGAUGAGGAGGCUGGAAGAUUGCUAGAAGAGAAAGAAGCAGGAAACACCGGAAGGAAGAACGACAACGAGAAUUGAAGUGACUGCUAAUCUCAUUUUUUUUGGAUUAUAUAAGAUUUAUAGUUAUAAUUCCUUGAUCGAAGUUGGAGGUUGCUGGCUGCGCUUUUGGGUUUGUGGUAUACGGGUGUGGGUUUUUAUGUUAUUAUCCCUAUAUCUUUUCCUUCCAUGUACGUAGGUUUUAGCUGAGAUGAUGCACCACGGGUUAUGAUGGGUAUUUUCCCCUUGUAUUUCCAGUUCACCUAGGCUAGAUGUACCUUAUUUUGGAGAAAACCUUGUGGACGAUUAUUAAAAUCUAUAUUUGAUAAUUGAUGUGUAUUGUUCUAUGUUUUUGUUUA